AUGCCUACUCCUGCUGAAAUCAUUGCUGCUCGUCUCAAUCGUGCCGAUACAACUCAAGACGGUUAUGAACAAGAACAAGAACAAGAAGAAGAAGAAGAAUUGGUUACUUCCACUGAAACUACUUCUUCAACCAAUGCCAAACCAUCAAUUACUGAUGAAACGGCUUUUCCUACUUUAGGUGGUAAGAAAUCUGCUUCACCAGUUAUUUCUAAUACUGGAAGUGCUUCAACUUGGGGUCCCCUGAUGAAAACUCCAGUUCGUUCUUCUACUGCAAGUCCUGUUCCAACCCCUGUUCAACAUGCCACUCCAAAAACAACUAAUGGAAUCAAAUCUAAAGUUUCUACUAUUCAAGAAGCUUUUUCUUUGGAUGUUGAAGAUCAAUUGAAUGUUGCUCGUCCAGAAUUUAUCAAGAUUUUAACUUUUGUCAAACAAGAAACUAAAACUAACAUUGAAUGUACUACUUCUCAACACACCAAAAAGAGAACUUUUUUAAUUACUGGUAGACCUGAUGAAGUUAAAUUGGCAAAACGUUUGGUCAUUAAAAAAUUGACUAAACCAGUCAAGAUCUCUUUUAAUAUCCCUGCUAAAUUGAGAUCUAGAGUUAUUGGACAAGGUGGUAAAACUUUGAAACCAAUUAUCCAAGCCAAUGAAGUUAAAAUUGAAAUUGGUGACCAAAUUGAAGGUGAAGACACUGGUGAUGAUGAAACUCAAGAAGAGGAAAAAGAAGAAAAAGAAGAAGAAAAAGAAGAAGAAGAAGAAGAUAUUUUCUCUAAAACUGUCCAAGUUACUAUUGAUGGUGAUGUUGAAGGUUCUAAACGUGCUAAAAAUGCCAUCUUGGCCAUUGUUAAAGAGGAAACAAAGAAUUUGUCAGCUAAAGUUCCUGUCAAUGAAACUAUCAAACCAUUUGCUAUCAAAGAAUUAAAAUCAAUUGUUGACAAGUUUCCAACUUUAGAAUUUGCAAUUCCCGAUUACAAAUCUAAUAGACAUACAAUUGUUAUUGUUGGUGAACGUGAAUUGGUUUUAGAAGCUAAACCAGAAGUUAAAGCUGCUUUAGAAAAAUUAUCUAAUAAAGUUGUUAUUGAAGAAGUACCAAUUCCUAAAAUUAAACAACAAUUUUUACCAAUUGAACAAGUUUUCAAUGAACAUAAUGUUUUAAUUCAAUUACCAAAAGAUGGUGAAGGUAAAGUUAAAUUCAUUGGUGAUAAGAAAAAAAUUCCUGGUGCUCAAGCUUCUGCCAAAAAAACCACAUCUCAAUAUAAAGUUGAAAUUUUGGAUAUGUCUAAAGCUCAUAAAGGAAAUUUGAAACAUGUUAAAGCUGUUGCUUCUGUUUUAACCAAGACUGGUGUUUUUGAUGAAAUUGCCAAGACCAAUGAUGUGACCAUUCAUGUUCCAUCCAAUAAAGAUCUUGUAACUAGUGCUACAAUUCCUAUUGAAAUUGUUUCCAAAAAUGAUGAUGAACACAUUAAAAUUGCCAAGAAGGCAAUUGUUAAUCAAGUUAAUAAAAUUACUCCUGAUUUGACUAAAAAUAUUGAAGAUAUUGAUGAAUUUUUAUUGAAUAAAGUUGAUGAAACCAUUAAAGAUAUUUCUAAACAACAAAGUGUUGAAUAUGUUAUAUUGGGUAAAAUCAUCACUUUAUUUAAUUUUCAACAAUCUAAUGAAGAUGCUGAAGAUUUUGAUGAUGUUAGUGAUCCCGAUUCUGCAUUUAAGAAAGUUGAUGAAGCUUUAAAUAAAUUAAGAGAAUUAGCAACAAACUUGACUAAUGUCACUUUAUCGAUCACAUCAAAGGAACAAGAUCAAAUUUCUGGUCCAAGAGGAACAACUUUGAAAUCUAUUUUGGCUUCUGUUGAACCAAACACUGUCAAGAUUGAAUUACACCAUCCAACAUCAGAUGAAUUGUACAUUCAUGGUAUCAAAUCUUCUGUGGCUACUAUCAAGAAAGAAAUUGAAAAUGUUUUAACCGAUGCUAAAGAGUUUGGUAAUGAAUACACUACCACUAUUCAAGUACCAUCACAAGUUCUUUCAAGAUUGAUUGGUAAAAAUGGUGCCAAUUUAAAUCAAAUUAGAAAUGAAUUUGGUACUAGAAUUGAUGUCCCCCUUGAAAAAGAUGAAUCAAAAGAUAAAUCAUCAACCAAAACUGAAGUGACAAUCAUUGGGGUUAAAAGAAAUGUUGAAGAGACCAAGACUAAAGUUGCAACAUUGGCCAAAAAAUGGGCUGAUGAAACUUUAGUCAGAUUAAGAAUUGAAAGUCAAUAUCAUAGAAGAAUGAUUGGACCCCGUGCUGUGUACAUCAAUCGUUUACAAGAUAAAUAUAAUGUCAAAAUUAGAUUCCCAUCAGAGAAUUCGAUCAAUUUUGCUGAUGCACCAAAUUCUAAAGAUGAAGUUACUAUUAAAGGUCCAUCUAAAGGUGUUGCUAAAGCAGAAGAAGAAUUGAAAGAAUUAUAUGCUUUUGAAAAAGAAAAUGGGUUUAAACAAAUUAUUCAAAUUCCAUUAAAGGCAAUUGCUAGAGUUAUAGGUAAAUCUGGUGAAACCAUUAAUGAUAUUGCUGAUGGUACUGGUAUUGAAUAUACUUUUAACCGUGAAAGUGAAGAAAGUAAAGGAUAUUCUGAAGUUGAAUUAACUGGUUCCAAAUCAGCUUUAAAAGAAGCUAUUAGUAAAAUUCAAGAAAUUAUUGAUGAAGUAGAAAAUUUUGUUUCUCGUUCUAUUAAAGUUGAACCAAUUUAUCAUCGUGAUUUAAUUGGUCCUGGUGGUUCUAUUAUGAAAGAAAUCAUUUCUAAAGCUGGUGGUGAUGAAGUGCCAAGAAAUAGACAAUAUAAAUUAUUAAACAUCCCCAAUGAAGGUUCUGGUAGUGAUGAAGUUACAUCUCAAGGUGAUAAAAAAAUUGUUGAUAAAAUCAUUGAUGCAAUUGAAAAAAUUAUUGAAGAAAAAAGAGCUUCUAUUACUCAAGAAAUUGAUUUACCUAAAGAGAAACAUAGAUUAAUUAUUGGUCCAAAUGGUACUAUUCGUCAUUCAUUACAAUCUGAAUUUGGUGUUACUAUCGAAAUUCCUAGACCAAAUGAUGAAUCCACUGUAAUUAAAAUCAUUGGAUUACCAGAAAAAAUCGAAAAUGCCAAAAUCAAGAUUGAAGAAUUAACAAAAGAUGAUUGGAAUGAAUCUAUUGAUGUUCCAGUAAUUUAUCAUGCUUUGGUUAGUGAAAGAGGUGCCAUUUUCAAAAAAUUAAAGAAUGAUUUUAAUGUUGAAAUUGUUCAUGGAAAUUUCACAAGAUUAGCCAAUAAAUUAUCUACUGCAUCAAUCCCAACCCCACCAGAAUCAGCCUAUCCUCAAAAAGAUGGAGAAUUAUUUAAAUUUACCAUUGUUGACGCAAAUGAUUCUGCUACCACUGCCACCUCAGAAGAAAUAAUUCCUUGGAGAUUAAAAGGUUCAGAAGAAGCCACAGCCAAGGCAGCUAAAUUUAUUAAUGAAAGAUUAGAUUUAGCCAAGAAUUCUAAAUCAAUUGGAUGGUUUUAUGCUUCACAACCAUCAGUUUUCUCCAAAGUAAUUGGACCACAAGGUUCUAAAGUUAAUCAAAUUAGAAAGAAAUCAAACACAUUUAUUACUGUUCCUAGAGCUACUACUGAUAAAAACGCUGCUAAUUUUAUUUAUUUAGUUGGUGAUGAAGAUAAUUUGAAUAUUGCCAAAAAGGAAAUUGAAAAUUUGUUGUAA